CCCAUCUUCCGUUUGUCCAUGAAUGCAGCAUUGCUAUUAGCUUAUAUAUUAUAGCCAAGAAGCUAUACGCUGCUAUUCAGAUUAGUUUUUAGAUUAUCGAUCAUAACAGUUAUGUCUUUUAAAAGAGAAGGUGAUGAUAAAAGCCAGCUGAAUCUCCUUAAGAAACGUCGUGUGGCAGACCUUUUGUCUAAUUUUAUUCCAGAAGAUGAGGCUGCUCUUAUGAAAAACGGAAGGUACACUUGCCUUGUGUGUUCCUACCGUCCUGUGUUUGAUACAGUCGACAUGUUGGCAGUCCACAGAAAAGGAAAGAGGCAUCUAGACGGGCUAAAAGCAUUUUAUGGCAAGAAAGCACGGCUGAAGACUGAAAUAACAAAACGGCAACAUGAAAACUAUGUCCAGGCUGAAGAAAAAAGGCAGGAGCCCUCCAGUUCAGCCCCAUUACUAGCACAAACACGGAAGCUCACCCAUCAUGCUUUGCUGAAAACGGUACCAUAUAACAGCUGUCAUAGAAAAACCAGUACAAAAUCUGAAAAAGUGACAGCAAGCACCAGCUCAAACCCCAGUGACAACAUGACAUCUGCCUGCUGGGAGUCUGGCAUUUCAGUGAACACGUCACAAAGCAACUCUACUGUCUGUUCAACAGCCAAUAACGAGCCACAUCCAUCAAAAGAUACUGCCGAAUGUCAGGCUGCAGAGAGACAGGAGGCUGAACCCAUUACUGCUCAGAGGAAGAGGGAGCUGGAGCACUAUCUCAAACUGAAAAGUGACGGGUGGCUGCAAGACCACAGCGGCAAGUGGGUUAAAGACGAGAAUGUCGAGUUUGAUUCAGAUGAGGAAGAGCCACUUACGCUUGCCCCAGCGCCUGCAAAUAAAUGAGAGCACCAGAAUUGUGUGGACGCACAGAUAAAACUUGUACCACAGUGGUUGUGCUUCUUCAUGCGGGAAGAGCAAGUUUGUCCCAAAGAUGUGUUAAGAUUUGGCUCUUUUGUCUGCUGCAUGUUUGAUUCCCUACUUGCACAAGCAGAUUAAGGUAACAUCAGAAUUCUGGGAAAGGUGAUUUUGGAAAUAUUCAUAUUCAAUACGACUGACCAAACUCUUCAUGUUAUUAAGAAGUUGGAAAAUACUCAAAUUGGCAUUUGCCUGAUUAUCUGGCAGAAAUUCAGAACAUUUUUAAAAUCUGUAUAGAAUUUAUACAUUAAAACAUCUGCCUUAGCUUUAAAGACAUAAAGAUUAAGACUGAAAAAGUCAUCCUGGACUGUUGAACAACUUUCUUCUUUUGUGGUGGAUCACUCACAAAACAUUGUCCCAACAUAUGUGAUAGCUCUGUUUUUUAAAACUUGUUAUUGUGAUGUAGUUGGGGGUUUGUGUUCAUUAAAUGAAAUUAGUUUUAUAAGAAAAUCAUUCUCAUUCUUGAUCACCAGGAUGUUCUUUUGCAAAAACAUCCUGCCUGAACAUGAAACAUCUUUGAAGUCUGGAAAGACUGGAUAAACUGUGUCAUCCUCAGUGACAUUAGCCUUACAUCUUUUUCAUGGCUCCUCUCGAAUGAAAGAAGCGGGUUUAAAAGCUCGGGCAACAAUUUUCAGCUGAACUUCUGACCUUUAUAAUUAUUGUGACUAUUUUCAUUACCCUUUUCUUGUUCAUCAUGUCCUUUCCAUUUGAGUUCAGUGAGCUCUGUCUGAUACGAUCAAUUCUCAGCCAGCUUUCCUAUAAAUCAGCAGCAGAUUGGCUGUAUUGGUGCUAAUCUGUGCGUUCGUUUAAAGCUCCUCUCAGCACAGUUGGUAUAAAUUGGAUAACAUCAGGGUCAGUGGAAGGGGGCAAAGGGACUUAACAUGGGUUAGUUUCUGAUGACAUGGCUAAUAUGUUUCAGAAGCUCACUCACUUCAUUAGUUUGGAGUUAAGAGCGUCACCACGGUCUUAAAACGUCUUUGUAGGGAUUUGGAAGUAUGUUAGAGCGUUUUAAGACAAAUUCAAAUCUGAUAUUUCAGAAUUACUGUUUACGAAACAGUAGAAGCAUAAAUACAAUGUGGUGAAUACAUUUGUGACAGGGUUACAGUCCAAAAAUACAUCCGUGUUUUACUGGAAACUAAGAAGUGGAAGAGAAACUCUCAGAAUAGAUGUGGUAAGGCAACACUGACUUGAAAGUUUUACACAAAGCCAAAUGUCAGUGAAGCUUGCAGUUUUAAAAUGUGACCUUUGAGAAAUCUAAAAAGCAUAUGUGGUCUUGUCAAACUUGACAUUAGGUGAGAAGUCUUUCAAGAAAUGGAUUAAUGAAACGAGAGGUGGAAGGCAGGGAUGCAAGCAAUGCUGUGAAAAUCCUGAGAGGUUAGCAGCUGUUUCUGCUCAUAAAUUUCUGUGGGUGCAUUAGGGUGCAACCCUCUUAAAGUUAGUUCUUAUAUUUGGAACAAGGUAACUCAAGCUCAGUGGGCUAGGAUCCGUUUCACAUUUGCGUUGGGCCGGGUGGGAUGUAAAAAUAGCUCAGGUGCCUGGAGGAAGUCUAAAGAUCAGAAGAAACUGUAAGCGAUUAAAGGGCUGUGAUUUAUUAAAUCAAGGGGUUUUUUUGAGGGGGGGUUACCUAAAAUGCUGAAUGUGUUAGUUUUAGGAAAUAAUUUCAUAUAAUAUUUACCACAGAAAAUGAGAUUAUGAUUAUAACAGUUUCGAUUAUGUAUACUGCUGUGAAAAACUAUUUGCACCCCUUCUGAUUUCUUAAAUGUUUCAGAUCAUCAAGUAAAUUUUAAUAUUAGACGAAGAUAACC